GUUAUGGCUGGACAAGGCCUCGGACUAAACUGAGAGAGGUCUCCCCGCUUCCCCCUACCCCUCCCUCCCCGCAACACCCCGUCUCCGCCGCGGGACACCCGUCACCCAUGGAGGGAACGGACAUGGACGUGGACGCGGAGCUCAUGCAAAAGUUUAGCUGCAUGGGCACCACGGACAAGGACGUCCUAAUUUCGGAGUUUCAGAGGCUGCUGGGCUUUCAGCUCAACCCGGCCGGCUGCGCCUUCUUCCUGGACAUGACCAACUGGAACCUGCAAGCUGCUAUUGGUGCAUAUUAUGACUUUGAAAGUCCCAACGUCAACACGCCUUCCAUGUCCUUUGUUGAGGACGUGACGAUCGGGGAAGGAGAGUCUGUUCCUCCAGAUACGCCGUUCACAAAGACCUGGAGAAUACAAAACACAGGUGCAGAGUCAUGGCCGCCCGGGGUUUGUCUCAAAUACAUCGGCGGGGAUCAGUUUGGGCAUGUAAACACAGUCAUGGUGAAGUCACUGGACCCCCAGGAGAUAUCCGAUGUGAGCGUGCAGAUGCGAAGUCCCACGGCUCCAGGCAUGUACCAGGGCCAGUGGAGGAUGUGUACAGCCAGCGGAUUAUUCUAUGGAGAUGUAAUCUGGGUGAUUCUUAGCGUAGAGGUCGGUGGGCUCCUCGGCGUGACCCAGCAGCUGUCGUCUUUCGAGACCGAAUUCAACACUCAACCCCAACGCAACGUGCAGGAAGACUUCAACCCCUUCGCCUCGCCACAGAAGAACAAGCACGACGCCACUGACGACAGCUUCAGAGAUCCCGGCGGCGCGUGGGAACGCACACAGGAGCCAAUCCAGCAGGACGAAAACGGAUUGUCUCUGUCUCAUAAUGCUGUAAAUAGGGCGUCAAAUGGUCUCCAAACCAAUCUUUCCGUGGUGACUUAUGGUCAGGGUAUUCACGGACCCUAUCCGUUUGGACAGAGCUAGAAUGAGAAAGACCUCCGCCCCGCCUCCACCAUCGUGGGUGAUGCGCUCAACGCCCCGGGAGUCAGAGGAGAAAGAGGAGUCGGAGGGAGGGGACUGUUGUUUUCUAUUGACUCGUGACGACCUCCCCCCCCCCCCAAACCCAGAGGCUCCUUUCACAGAAAACACAGACUACAGUGAGGUGAUUGGAUCACAUCCGCUACCGCGAAACGUCCCACCUGACAUCAACACCCGGAUUCGCAUGUGUGAAUGCUUCAUUUUAAGAGUGCUCUAAAACCCUAAAGAUAGAAACACACGACCGUUUUUUAUCUCCACUGUAAAAACACGCCUGACGAAAGGGAAAAUCUACUGUAAACAAUUGCAUACAAUUAGCUAUUUCCAUGGUUUAUUAAUUGGUGUCUUCGGGGUUCCUACGCGGGUUGGGAAAACUGCUGAGAAAAGGGCCGUCACUAAACCACUGAACUUCACCGCGUUCCCUUCACGCGUGAUGAUGGUGGAGAGCGAUUCCCGUGUUUACAUUGCGUGAGCGUUCACAUGAUCCGACAACUCUAAAAUGGUUGAGUGUUUACAGAUUUUACCGCGUGUGGGUUAAACGAUAUGCCACUAUAUCCAGUACAUGCGGUUAUUUACGUUUCCAGUUGCAAUAACAAGUUGGAUGUUAACGUGAAGGCGGUUUGCAAAUUGGGAAUUUCAACAACUCCGUUAAAGGUUUAGCAUCACGCGAUGAAAAAUCCACAUAACGACCCGAAAAACAAAACAAUUGUUAUUUAACAUAUCAGACCUUUUGUGACAUGAACAUAAAAACCGAGCAAGCAGCAUUUGAAAUCAUGUCACACUAACAGUAUCCCUAUUUUGGGUCUGACAUCUGUGUGGUAAAUUAAUUAUGUUUAUUAUUAUUAUUAUUUAAUCAGUUAUCAGACACAUUGAAUAGCACAUUCAGAGGCAUUCAAAUAUGUUUGUGGUGAAUAUUCUCACACAGAAAGUCCGGCGCGUGCCUGUGUAGGAACCCUGUCACUCCCAAAGAUACAAACCAGACAACCGAGACGCUAAUCCGUUCUGUCUGCAGGUUUCUCGAUUCACAGCAUGGGAUGUGUGUGUGUGUGUGUGUGUGCGUGUGUGUGUGUGUGUGUGUGUGUGUGCGCCUGCGUGUGUGUGUUUUUUAGGGUGGGUUUUCGCUUUGAAUAGAUGCUGAAGCUCAAAGUGACGCGCGUGAGUUUGAGGUGUGAAGAAGGGUUUUAAAAAGCCAUCUAAAUCUAUUUUGCCUGGUGAGUGAGUGUGGUUUCUGAGUCGACGUCCACAGUGAGUGUUCUAGGUGUGCGUGUAUGUGCCUGUCAGCUGUGCGUGAAUGUCAUGGUUUCUUUUUGGAUUUAACUGACCUAAAUGGUGUAUACUUCUUGGGCAAAGGGCCGUGCAGCUCUGUGUGGAGCGAGCUUUACCGACUGGUGUGAUUGUGCACCGUUGGGAUGAACUGACCAUCUAAUUGCCCGGUUACUUUUAUUUAUUUGUGGUCUUCCUGUGCACUGCAGAUGCAAAAAAAAGUCCCAUUUACAGCCAGCAGGUGGUGCUAAAAAACAAAAAGUGACAAGUUUCAUUGAAUAUGAAAAUGAAUGGUUUGUUCUGUUACUGCUAUUUGCACAACUCUGUCCGCCUCAUCUGAGGGGGACAAGUGAUUUUUUUUUUAAUAGAAUUUAGGUGAACACUUUGAUUGUGACACCAGCAUUUUACUGAACGUUUUGUCGGUUUUCGCUUAUCUGUUUGGUUGUCUUAUCUACAUUUUUAUUUUAUCUCCUUUUCGUCACUCCAAUAUCCGACUCUAAAGAUGAAUAUCGGUUUAUAUUAAUCUUACGUUUAGCUUUUGCUUCCCAUGCAGUCGUCCUGCUGUCGUCACGCUCUGCCGCGUUCGUCACGUUCAGGCGCUGCGUUUCAUCCUGUAUUUUUGGGCCAAAAAUUAAAUGGGAAAUGUUGUCGAUGGAACGCCGCAUUUUAGGUUUUCAAAACUCUCCUAGUUUUUAUUAUGAAAACGGUUGAAUUUUGAAGUCCACUACUUCACCGUGUGUGUGUACCUCGACUCAUUCAUGUCACCGGCCUUCUGUGCGCUGCUCUAUUUGUUCUUCAGUCAGCUGAGAGUUCUCCUCCCAAACAGUAUACACUGUUCUCCAUUGCCUCUUCUAGUCACGUCAGUCUCUUUUUUCUUUUUCUUUCUGUGUGCGUGUGUGCUUACUUGUGGGCUUGACUGUGUGUAUUUUGGUGAGAGCGAGCGAGCGAGAGAGACAGUUGGUGAGAAAUUUGAAUAUUGCUGGAUUUAUUCUCUUGUUUUAGUUUAUGACUAUGUACAGAUUUCAGAUGGGUGGUCGUGAUGAGUGGAUGAUAUGAACGUUUACAUAGUCCUAAAAUAGCACAUUUAUCUGACGAGAAACUGUCAAAAAUAAAGCUUUUUUUUUUUCUCCUGUAUCUAUAAUUGAGCAUUUGUAUGAUUAAAUUAACACUGAAACUGA